CCAGAUUCAAACUCAAAACAAAAAAGAAAGAAAUGGAUUGCAGAGACUCCAGCGAAAGUCAAUCAAAGUACAAAGGAAUCCGUCGCCGGAAAUGGGGAAAAUGGGUAUCGGAGAUUAGAGUUCCGGGAACUCGUGACCGUCUCUGGCUAGGCUCAUUCUCCACCGCAGAAGGAGCCGCCGUAGCACACGACGUAGCUUUCUACUGUUUACACCAACCCAACUCACUCGAAUCUCUCAAUUUCCCUCACCUCCUUCCUCCUUAUAUCGCUGCCAACACUUCGCCGAGGUCUAUCCAGCAAGCUGCUUCCAAUGCCGGAAUGGCCGUCGACGCCGGGAUCGUUCACAGUAACGGCGUGUCAGGGAACUCUGGGUGUGGAGAUACGACUGCGUAUUGUGGAAAUGGGGGUGAAGUAAUGGAGCCGUUGAAUAUUUCGGUGUAUGAUUAUCUGGACGGUCAUGAUCACGUUUGGUCUUCUUCUUUUUGAUUUAAAGAUGAUACAGCUACUAAAAAACACUCAGUGUUGGAUUUAGAAAAAAAAAAGACACAGUGUUGGAGCCUGGUAAGAAACCGAAUGGUUGUGAAUAUACAUGUGCAUUUAUGUUUCA